GAGGCAGAGACGACAUAGUUGUUUGAGUGUUCAUAGUGUUGGAGAAGAGGCAUCAGGUAUUGGCUUGAAAAAGAAGAGAGAACGACAAGGAGAGCAAGUUUUAUUUCCAACAACCAAAGGCAACAAGAAGUCACCUUUUUGAUUUUCCCAUUUCUUCCAUUGGAUUCUUGCGCCUCUAGCAAGAGAUUUUAUUCAUCAUCAUCAGACGGAUAGGAUUCGAUUCCCAUCCAACCCAACGAUCGACACGACGAGAGAGACAGUCAUCCACUUACUUACCAUGAGAGAAGAAGAAGACCAGGAGAGCCACAAGACGCCGGACGACACUCCUCCGCCAAGUUUUACCGGUACGGAAAGAAUGUCAGAAGGAGACUACUCCCAAGAAGGAGAUUCCUCAGAGCUGAUCACUCACGAGUCGGUUACGGUGGGUGGAGAUGCUGAUCCUCUGGCGGCUCCUUUUUCUCCCGAUCAAUUGGGAGUUGCCUUAUUGGGUGAGACUACUAAACUUCCCGCCAAGUCCACCGGAGCCAAGAAUGUGAUUGCGCAGCACAAUCAGGAAGAUCUCGCCAAGUAUCCCACUGAAGUCUACCAGUAUCCCAAGACAGGCGGCGGCGAUGCCAACUCGUGCAUUUCCUCCAUUACGGAACUACCGGAUAUCCUUUCCUCCAAAUCCAUGUACCCGUCUUUGGAAUCACUCAUGCAAAUCGAAGACAAGGAAGAGCCCGCCUCAGCGGCGGCCAUGCUCAGUACCGUUCAAGAAGGAGACGAUGAAGAGACGGAUGGAGCUCACAAGUCACGGAUCAGUAGUGGUGGAGGUACCUUGACAUCUUCUUCGACAGCGGGACGAAGUCAUACAGUCAAGCUAGAACAAGUGCCCAAAGAGACAGCACCGCCACAAGAUGAUGAUGGAAUCCAUGAUAUUCAAACCAUCGUGGCCGAGGAGGAUCACACGUUGGGAGGAUCCACCCUGACCCCGGCAUCCGGUGUCACUCCCGCGAAUUCUGUCGUCUGGAGACUCAUGGAACGCCACAACCAAAACAGCACUCAGGAACGAAUGAGCACCGAGGAUCUGCUACUAAACAAUAAUAGUGGCACCCAGGAGGACCUUCAAGACACGCCCCUGGUUUCCCACCACGACCACAAGAAAAAAUCGGACACUUUCCCUGCAGGCCAACCACCCCAAUCUGUGGUAUCGGAACUUUCCUCGAUUUAUGCCGGUCUCUCUGCCGAAUCACCUUCCUCCUUGUCCCUGACGACAGCCAGCAAGGGCACCAGCACACACCAUACCGGAUCCUCCUCUUCCACUGGAUAUGCCUUUGUCCCUCCUCCAAACAGUGCAACAUCACCCGACAUUGUUCCCCAGGCUCCAGUCUCGUCCAAGGCAAGUAUUACCAGUCAUGCUACUACUGGUAGCAAUACUGCUAGUGCCAUGACCUCCAAGAAUCCAAAAUCCUUGACCGUGGUGCAAGAAGAAUAUCAUCACAAUCUCUUGUCGUAUCAUCCCGACACUCGCUCGGUCGGGUCCAACCCGGUGGACGAGCCUUCUGUCGCCACCUACCGCAGCCAUGGGAGCAACAGCACUCCCGGAGCCUCUCAUGUGGAUAGCUUGAACUCCAUGGAGCAUCGUGUCCAGGUCAAGGUCGCGGGAGCCUUUUCCGCUUCGGGGGAAGAUGAUGCCGCGGCCAAGGUGAAAAAGGCAAUGAAGGAAUCCAUGAAUCAUAAUAAUAUCAUUCCAACCAAGACGACCAUUGGCAUGGCGCUGGCGGCCAAUGCACCUCCCGCCAUUCCUGAUGAACAAAAACAACCCAUGACGACUAACAAGGCCUUGGAUGCCAACGACAGUCCUCCUCUAGGGACGACGGAUCCGGUGGACAUGGACGGCAAGGUCAAUGCGCUCAAUGGGACUGUGCAAGGCAGCAGCGAUGCUGUGGAUCAGCAACAGCAGCAACAGCGGGCACCGCGUCUCCCGGUGGGUCUCCCAUUGGCACAAUCCAAUCGUCCUAGUGCCAGCAUGGCCGAUCCAGAAGCAGGCAACAAUGUCGUUACGACAACGUCCGGUGAUGUGCCCGAAAGUGGAGGAGACAACAAUGAUGGCAAUGACGACGGUGAUGCAAGCUUGGCUCGUGCCACACCGGUAGACCAACCGGACUUGCAAGUCGCCGAGUCCAUGGACAGCCGACGCGAUAAGACGCACGGAGUCGAGUUGUGGGGGGGCUGUGUGGUGCCUACACUGGCACUGUACAUUGCAGCAUCGAUUGCUUGUGGUGGGCUGUUUGCCAUUGGAGUUGCCAUUUUGGUAGCCGUGAUCCAGCAAGACAACUCUGCCGCCGCCGACGAGUCCCUGAGCUCUGCCGACUACGCACUACGAACCAAGGCUGGCGACGAGAUCAAGAUUCACUUGGAAGCUGUGCUGGGACAAGACUUUUUCCCCGUUGACCCCACGGGUAUUCAGCCGGAAACUACUGCCUUUGAUUGGUUGAUAUAUGAGGAUCCCCUACAGAUGAAUCGAACCGCGCCCAACUUGUUGCAACGAUUCUUGGUGGUCUACUUUUACAUGAUCAUGACGGAGGAGGGGCCCUGGAAGAACUGCAACCCACCGGACAAGAACCAAUCUCGUCACACCAACGUUGACUUGUGCUACUAUGAGGGUCUCUUGGGAGAUGGAGUACACCCAGAAAAAACUGCGUACAGAUACACCGUAUUCUUUUCCCACUACGACGAGAUUCUGGCUACUCGUUGGCUGACAGGUUCUCAUGAGUGUCACUGGGCAGGUCUCUUCUGUGACCAAGAGAAGAACAUUGCGGCAAUUCAUUUGGAUGACAUGCAAUUGAACGGGACCCUCCCAAUCGAGAUUGCCCACCUGGAGAGCUUGACUUCUCUUUCGCUUGCAAACAAUCAGUUGAGUGGUCCACUGCCUUCCGAACUCGGUAGUGUUAAGGGACUAACCUACAUGGAUUUGAACUUCAAUCAGUUCACUGGCGAAUUCCCCGAGGAGUGGUGGGAUUUGAAAGGCUUACGCCACCUCAACCUUGGCUUCAAUGCUCUUCAAAUGGGUCGUCUUCCCGCGGAGGUUGGAGAUCUUUCCAAACUAGAGUUUCUCCGUUUGGAUGGCAGUGGCGUGACGGGAACGUUGCCCAAGGAACUCUUUGAAUUGACCAAAUUGGAUUGGUUGAUACUUCAAUACAAUGCUCUCACAGGAACUCUCCCAACCGAAGUUGGUUUGCUCCACGAGAACCUCCAGUUCUUCGGCGUGGGCUUUAAUAACGAGUUAGUGGGGAUGAUCCCCACCGAGGUUGCCUUGAUGACGAGUCUCGUUGAGUUGGGCAUGUCUAAAUGCUCGUUUUCGGGUACCGUUCCCGAGGAGCUUUUGUUCGGCUUGACGCAACUGAACGGGUGGUUUUUGGACUAUAACCGCCUCACAGGGACCAUCAGCACCAACUUUGCUCAGUUGACGUCACUCAGCUAUUUGCUCUUGUCUCACAAUCCUAUCACGGGGACCGUGCCCACUGAGCUUGGCUUGUUGUCUGUUUUGCAACGUGUGGAUUUGGAUGACACGGAUCUGAUGGGCACCAUGCCGGACGAGUUGUGUUUUCUCCGCGCGCCUCACUCACUGAGCAAGCUCAAGGCGGAUUGCGAGCCCUUGUCGAAUGGGUUUAUUCCCAUGGAAUGUCCGGCGCAAUGCUGCACGAAGUGCUGCAAUCAAGAAUCGGGUACCUGCACCAAGACUACCGCGUAGAGACACCACAUGAAUAUUUUGGUACGACUUUACCAUCUUGACGAUCUGGGGAUCUUUGGACAGCUUCAAGGGCGGAGACCUUUGACAGAACGCCGAGAUUCCAAAUACGAGACACCUGCAUGUUUACACACAAUCUAUGGCUUAGAAAAAGAAAGAGACAUUCGCACCUACACAGACACGGAUCCACUCCAACUAUAGAUACGUUUGCUUUAGCCUCCUCAUCUCGGCUCAGGAGACUGUCACUCCUUCCAAGAUGAGUAAAACCUACAGUUCAUGUUUCAUAGUUCCAAUCUAU